AUGAACGUAUCACCUACUCCAAAAAGAUAUAUCUCUGGAACUUUUAAUCCAAGAAGGGUUCCUGAACCUGAAUACAACAAUUACCACCACAACUAUAAUAAUCAUAAUUAUCAACGUGAUAAUCUUCCAAGAUACGAUGAUGUGAAAAGGCCAUACCAAGACCACUUGGACGACGCUCUCUUACCUGACGAUGCUAAGAGGUCUAAUAAGACAUUUGAUGAAUUGGUAAGGCACAACAGACACCUGAAGGAGAGAUUAGAAGGGAAACAACAAGAGGUUGAGAAAUUAACAAUUCUAUCAACCUCGUUGAAGGAGAAAUUAAUAAAAUAUACUACUCUAACUGCAAACUCCAAUGAUGAGAUAGAAAUUUUAAAAAGAAGGAUUGAGGAUCUAGAAAAGGAGAAUAAAAGAUUGAGACGAAGAGAUGAAUUAUUUAAUGAAAAGAUCAAGGAAGAGGACAGUGACAAGAAAGUAUUCACAGAAACUACUGAAGACGAUGAAUUGUUAGAAAAAAUUGAAAAACUCACAGCAAUGAUACUGAAGCAUAAACAAGAACAACGAAACAGUGGCACCACUCCGGCUAAAACUUCUUGGAAAGAACAGAACUCAAAAGCUUAUCCCACAGAAGAGACCCUUUUAACACAAGAGAGUUUAGAACUGAAGAGUUUAGAGGAUCAAGUAGAAAAAAUAAGACACAAAUUAGCACUAAAACGAGAAAAUGAGCAAAGAAAAAUAUCAUUGAAUAAAGAGUUACUGAAAUUGAAAUCAAGUUUAGAACCGUCGUUGUCUACCUUCUCCGCCUCACUCAAUUCUUCCAGCCCAUCAAAAGCUUCGCCACUGUUAUUUAAAGAUCGCCAUUCUCAUCAUCCAACAAUCGACAUAAUUGACAAUGAUGAUAUUAUAACACCAUUUAAAGAGAGACAACUCUCAGAACCAGGAGUAAACCUCAAUGUGAAGACACCAAGAGCAAAGACUGGCUCGACCGAGGAGAAGGGAUGGCAUACAUAA